AUGAAUGACAGCUUGAGAAUGUCACCUGAGAUCAUGAUGUUUCACCAAAUGAUGGAACAAGCCCAGAACGCCAGCUCUGAAGCACUCGCCCACAUCUGCAAUAAGAGUGCAAGUGGAGACUCACUACAGCUGCCCACCUUCUCCACAGCAGCCAAAGUCAGAGUGAUCAUUACUUUUACUCUGUGUGCCAUGUCAGCUGUCUGUAACCUCGCUGUGCUGUGGGCUGCCAAUACUAACGGCAAGCGCAAGUCCCAUGUUAGGAUAUUAAUAAUUAACCUGACUGUGGCAGACCUGCUGGUGACUUUCAUCGUCAUGCCUGUUGAUGCUGUCUGGAAUAUCACAGUUCAGUGGCAGGCAGGAGACGUCGCCUGUAGGCUACUGAUGUUCAUGAAACUUGUUGCCAUGUACUCCUGUGCUUUUGUCACAGUGGUCAUUAGCUUGGACCGCCAGUCUGCUAUCCUCAACCCACUGGCCAUCAAUGAGGCCAAGAAGAGAAGCAAAAUCAUGUUGUCUGUGGCGUGGGCGAUGAGUGUGAUUCUGUCUGUUCCCCAGAUGCUGAUAUUCCACAGCGUGACCAUCACAGUCCCAGAAAAGUUUACCCAGUGCACUACCCGUGGGAGCUUUGUCCAACACUGGCAGGAAACCCUGUACAACAUGUUCACCUUUGCCUGUCUAUUCCUGCUGCCACUGAUCAUCAUGAUCGUCUGUUACACACGGAUCCUGGUGGAGAUAUCCAGUCGUAUGACCCAUGGAAACAUGUCUUCUAAGGAGAUACAUCUCAGACGCUCCCACAACAACAUUCCAAAAGCACGGAUGAGGACUUUGAAAAUGAGCAUUGUUAUCGUGACUUCCUUCAUCGUCUGCUGGACCCCUUACUACCUGUUGGGACUGUGGUACUGGUUCUUCCCAGACGAUAUGGAUGAGACGGUCUCUCAUUCUUUGACUCAUAUGCUCUUUAUUUUUGGCCUCUUCAAUGCCUGUUUGGACCCGAUAACUUACGGCCUGUUCACUAUCCAUUUCCGCCAUGGCCUGAAGCGCUACUGUCGGAGCACAGCCACGUUCAGCCGUGAGUCAGAGAACAACACUACCCUGACCGGCUCUUUCAGGUGCUCUUCCUUCCGCAUGACACGGCUUACCCAGCAAGGCCAGACCACCAUCACUGGCCAGAUGGCAGAGGAGGAACAGGGCAAGAAACCCUGCCGCUAUAGCAACUACCUCACAGUUCACAGCAGUGGAGGUGACCCAUGUCUGGCCAAUCCUGAAAGCAUGAUAUGA